AUGGACCCACGGCCGAACCAUGUAUAUGAGAGCCUCUCAGCAAGAGAGGCAAUCCGCAUUCUGAUAUUGUACCCCACAAUUGACUUCCAAGCACCACUCGAAGCCCACUUCGAGUACAACAGUAAAGAAUUACCCCGUGAUACCACAAUCUCUUGUCAGGGCUUCGAUGCUGUAUCAUACUGUUGGGGUGACCCCAAGUUUACUCACUUUAUCUACUUCAAGAACUUCACCCGUGGACGCAUACCUUCACUCGUUAUUACGGCAAAAGUCGACUCCAUGUUACGCCAUUUGCGAAAACCUCACAAAGAGCGUCGUCUCUGGAUCGACGCUAUAUGUAUCAAUCAAGCCGACACGGAAGAGAAGACGCUUCAAGUGCCCCUGAUGCGCAGCAUCUAUAGAGCUACCUUGAAAGUCCAUGUCUGGCUCGGCGCUGGGGGGAAAUUCGACGCACAGGCAGCUUUCACGCACUUGAAGAGGAUUGUUGUUGCCGAUGAGCUAGAGAAAGAAACUGUAUCCUUCCCAAAUCAGUUUCGUAAAGACUGUGCAGCUACGCAGUCAACCUUACAACAAUUGUUCCUCAACCCUUGGUUUACGCGGCGUUGGGUCCUGCAAGAAAUUACCCUUGCCCAUGAGAUCACAGUGCACUACGGAUAUGACAAGAUUUCAUGGAACUGGUUCGCAAAGGGUACCUCGCUUCUACCAGAAUUAGACGAGCGACACAAGACUCAAGCUCGAUGCGCCAGUUACCAGCCUUACAUAGUGGCCAAGAAGGCUAUUGAGACUUCGUUGAAACGCGAUUCAUGGCUCCCAGAUUUGCUCCUGGAGCACAUAUUUGCAAAAUGCAGCGAUCCAAGAGAUCGGUUUUUCGCUCUGUAUGGUAUAUUGGGCCGCAACUACAGUGGCUCAGAAACGGCGGUAGGGAGAUAUGAUCAGAGAUACUCGUCGUCCCACCUCCAUAUACUUCCGGAAGUCGAUUACACCAAAAUCUGGGUAGAGACAUACAAGCGCCUGGCAGAAAACAUGAUACAGUUGCAGCGGAGCGAGUUCUGGUACCAUCUCCAAAUUUUCGGAUCUAUUCGCGAAGAUGAGCUGAUGGCCCCGUCGUGGGUGCCAGACUGA